GUGGUACUGGCGCCGUCUUGGCCGUGCAGCAUGACCCCAUGGCGAUUGCUGCGGUCGACGUGAAAUGCAAACGUAUUCGAUAAAUAGGCUAUUUUCUCUACUAGUAGUACAAGGAUGCGAGCGAGGUCGACAAAAGCAAGAGAGGUCUACGAGAGGAAAUACUCAAGGAGCCAAGCGUCGUCGUCAAAGGUCACAGCGGACACGUCGCCUUCUCCAUGAGGUAGCGGGCAAUAGAAGUCAAUCUCGGUCACAUCUCGCGGACUAUCCCAUUCCUCCAAUUCCGGUUCGACGGGCGUUUCCAGGGCUUUGUGUUUCUUGGCCGGGAGUUGGUCGGCGCCUACGUCCGUGGUGCACGGGGCGAUAUCAAUGAGCAUGCGCUUGCCGUCGUUGGACGUGACCGAGAACGUGACGUCGGGUGGAGGCAGGAUUGUCACUUGGUUCAUGGUCGGGUGAAAAUGUCGAAUGCGUCCCACGACGGC